AUGUAUGUGAAAUGGUUUGAUACAGUAAUGUUUUACUAUGUGAUUUUAGUGUAUUUAGUGAAUGUCACUUUUUGUCAUUUUCAAAUUUCCCGCCAGUUCCGUCCCCAUACGUCCCGACGUCACAGGGGACGGAACCCAGAUGACAGAUGCCAGCAUCCGCCGGAGGACAUUGCCGGGGACACUGCAGGAGGGACAUCGCGGGAACAAAGGACAAGGUAAAACAAGAACAGAUCCCGGAGCAGCGCCGCAUGGUAAGCCCGAGUGUAGCUCGGGGUUAGCGCUUUUGCUACACUCGGGAAUACCGCCAGGGAGGUUA